UUGUAAUUUUGUUCAGUAUUUGUCCCUCAUCUAAACUGAUCGCGCGUCGCUUAUUUUGCUGAUUCUUUUUCCAAAAAAAAAAAAGUGUCCUUGAAAUAAAUUGCAAAGGAAAAAAAAUAUGAAAAGAAAAUGACGUCGACCCGUAUUUUUUCGAGAAAUUAAUAAAUUCAGAGAUUUGUAGUUGAGCGAAAAAACUAAGCAAUUAUGCUUUCAAAAGUUUUAUAAAGUGAGAAGAAAAUAUAUUUUGCAACCACCUGAGAUGUCGAAAGAUUUGUCGAGAGGCAAAAUAUCUCCGACACCUUCUACAGACAGUUCAUUACAGACAUCUUCUUCACCACAGUCCACCCCUUGUAUAGCGAGGAACCCUUUUUCGAUUGUUAGUAUUCUAAGUCGAAGUGAUCCAAAAAGAAGAUCUCCUUUUUAUGAGGAACCACAACUACAGACACAAAAUCCUGUAACUAGGCUGUACUUAGACUCUCAGUUACCUGUUCUAAGACCUCCCGCAUUUUUACCGGUAGGUCCUCUAAGCGGACAUUUAAAUAGAAAACCUACUCCAUGGUUUCCCUGGGCCCAUGCGAAUUCUUCUGUACAAGAUGCCACAUUAGGGUUAUGUCAGCCGACGAGCAGCUCUCCACCGGCCGACGAAUUCCUCAACUCCGACAGCCGAGCAUCCAGUCCCUUAUCCCCGGGUGCCAUCAACGACGACAAUCCCCACCCACACGGCCAGGGAAGCGGAGGAACAGUUGGCGGUUGCGGCAAUGGCGGCUCCACGGGAACAGGCAGUAACGGCGACAGUGAUUCCAAGAAGAGUAAAAACAACCGUCGUAAGAAAAAAACUCGUACUGUUUUUACUCGCAGUCAAGUGUUCCAACUUGAAUCGACAUUCGACAUGAAACGAUAUCUAUCUAGUUCUGAGCGUGCCGGCUUAGCUGCAUCCCUACAUUUAACAGAAACUCAAGUGAAAAUAUGGUUCCAAAAUCGGCGCAACAAGUGGAAACGUCAACUAGCAGCUGAGCUUGAGGCUGCCAAUAUGGCUCAUGCUCAAAGGAUGGUUAGAGUCCCUAUUUUGUAUCACGACACUGGUUCCUCUUCAGUGGCGGCAACGGAAAACUCGACACUUAGUGUAGCAACUUAUCCGUCGCUCUACUACCACCACGCCUCUUUUGCCAACAGCCAAGGUGGUACACGUGCCCCUCUACCUAGUCUGGUAUGAUAACAACUUCAUAUCAAACUGAUUUAUUGUUCGUUAUCUUUAAUCGGAUAACUUUUGCCAAAGGAACAAAAUGCAGUAGUGCUUCCUUACUGUUACUAUUGACAAUAAAGCUUCAAGCUGUAUUUCCUCUGAAACUAUAAUUCUUCACACAAAGCGUCUUCAUUAAAAUAGUGUAGUGUGGACUUUUACUUGUUUCAACUCAAAUAUUUUGGCUGCUUUUAGAAACAAGUAUUAAAAAAAUAUGAUUGGACCAAGAACUUCAUAUAAUCGUGUUAUUAAAAGGUUUGUGUAUACAUUCUUUGAUUUGCACUACAAUUGCUUUGUUUGUUUAUAAAUUUAAUGUAUUUUUUGUUGUUUGGAGGAGAAUGCAGCAAAGUUACAAAAAAAUCAUCGUCUGUUGUAUGUGAUUAUUAUGAUGCAAAUCAGCAUUAAAGAGCUAAAUCGAGUUAUUUGUUUGUUUUUUGUGACAUAAACGGAUUUUUACAAGAUCGGCACAAUUUUGUAAAAAUGUUGUAUUUUGGAUUUACUAUGCUUGGUUAAAUACUUACCAAGGUGUUGAUACUAUU